AUGCUGUUGAGGAAGAUGAUAUCAAUGAAGAUGGGCGCGCGUGAGCCAAUACCUGGAGAUGACUGUGAGGCUAUUGUUGAUGAUGUUGGUGAUGAGAUAGUAGAUGAUAAUGAGGAUCAUGGUGUAGCUGUUCGAGAAGUAAUUGUUGAAGACCAAGCUUUCUCUAAUUACUUUGGAGCAGAUAUUGCAAGCAAUGACAAUGAGGAGAAUUAUGACAGUGGAGACGAUAUAUGGGACGACGAUACAAUACGACGAUACAAUACCGGAUCCUCUAUCAUCAGACGAUGA